UCUUUCUCCUUCCCACAUGCCUAAUAUUAUUAAAUGAUUAGCUGCUGCUUCUUCCUUAUUCGUCUUCUAGGUUCUCAGCACACACAUAACCAGCCAUUGUCUCCUUCUCUGAGCUCAACGGCUAGAAGUUUCUGUUGAGGAUUUCCUUCGCUUGAAGCCAUGAAUAAACUUACUAAAGCAGAAGACUUGAACCUUCUCAAGCUCAAGACUUGUGUUCUGAAAGUGAACAUCCACUGUGAAGGAUGUGCGAAGAAAGUUAAGAAGAUUCUUCAGAAGAUUGAUGGAGUUUACAGUGUAGCGAUAGAUGAAGAACAGGGGAAGGUAACUGUUACAGGAAACGUUGAUUCUUCCAUCCUCGUUAAAAAGCUCAGAAAGUCAGGAAAACAUGCUGAACUCUGUUCUUCCAAGAAGAACAGUAAUAUUGAUGCAACAAAAGGACAGAAGAACACCUCCAAUAAAUCAGGAACUAAAGAUCAGAAACUGCAACUGCUGCAGAAGGAGCUAAUGAAUAUGAAGUUUCCAUCCACAAAAGAUCAUAAAUCAGUCAAGUUCUCUGCUCCUGCUCAGGAUUUGGAUUAUGGCAGUGAAUUUGAUGAUAGUCUAGAUGAUGGAGGCUACUCUGAUGAAACUGAUGCUUCUGAUGAUGAAAUUGAUGACUAUAAGAAAUCAGCAGCCAAACGGAUGGUGACAGUUAAAAAAGGUUUUGGUGGUGAGGUCCAUGCUAAAGGCAAUGGAAUAAGUAAAAAUGGAGGUGGAGGGACCCAUGAAGCUAAGAAUGGAGGUAACAAAGGCAACAGCAAUGGUGGAAAGAGUAACGGUGGGCUGACGGGAGUUCCGAUGGCUGCCGGAACGGUGCCUGCGGGUUAUUUUAACAGUGGAAUGGCGUCGGGGGCGGCGGCAGCUCCAGUGGGAGGUGGUUCUGUUAAUCCUUACCAGCAGCAGUAUAUGAAUGAUCAGAUGAUGCAGCGACAAAGGAUGAUGAUGAAUGGGUAUCCCAUGACUUAUGGGUAUCCUAUGCCAGCUUCAAGUUCGUAUACUAGUUAUUUCAGUGAUGAGAAUACUGGUGGAAGUUGUAGAAUUAUGUGAAGGUUGGUGAUGAGUCAGUUUCAGUGGAAGCUGGCUUGUUAACAGUAUUUGGAGGUGUGUGAUGUGUUUGUUUUAUUCUCAUUUUGGCACAAAUAUGGUGGUUAAGUGAAACAAUUUAGUGAGUGGGUGUUUAAGAAUGGUGCUUGUGUAUAUAUAUUGAGAGAUUAUGGUGAUGUUUACUUCUUUAUUAUGGUUAAUUAU